CGUCGUAUCAAACACCACAUGCCAUCGAUUGUUACGGACUCCUUUAGCGGAACGCUAUGCUAAGCUGGCCUAGUAGAUUCGAUUGGUCUCUUCGUUUACUUUGCGGUUGACCAUUGAAAUCAUUGGCUGAGGCGCCGAAUACAAAAAAAAGUUGUGCGAAUGAAUUCGAAUUUAUUUAUCUGUUGGAAUUCAAAAUCAUUAUUCAUCAUCGGCUUGUUGAAUUAACAAUUUAUUUUUUUUUGGCGGUUAAUCUAUUUUUUAAUAGUGAAAUAGUUAUAACGUUUUGUGUUGUGAAAUUUAUUAUUAAAAAGUGAGAGUUUGUGCAUUGGAAUAGUUGUGCUGGUUGGUUGCUGCAUUUAAGAUGUGGCGAACUCUUUCACUAACCCUAUUGCCAAUACUGGCAAAUGCCCGAAUGGAUUGUUCAAGGACAGAAUACGACAAAUGCAUAAAAAUAGCCGAUCCGUUAGUAAAAGAAGCUCAUCUAGUAUUUCCCGACAACUUAAACGAUAUAGAUCAAGUCUGUAAUACCUGGAACCAAUUUGUGGAUUGCUUAAAAAUUUAUACUGAUCAAUGUUUUACUGACCAGCAAAGGAGGCAGUUCAACAGAGCUGUGGAAAGUCCAAUAGAAAGCGUGCACGAAAUGUGUACCCAACCCAGUUAUCAGAAAGAAUAUUUACGAUACGCUCCUUGCAUAAAAAGUACCAUUGUCCAAAGGAUUCAUUGUGGUCCUCAAUACAGUUUAUUGGUGGAUCAAGUAGAUCAAGGCGACAUUAUAUCAAAAUCUACUUUGUGCUGUUCUCAUGAUCGAUUUAAACAAUGCAUUCAAAGAGAAACUAGAAGGUUAUGUGAUAGAGGAAUAUCAGAUGGACCUGCAUCAAGAUUUGCUACCCAAAUAAUCGACAAAGCUCUUAGAUUUUUACAAGAACAAUGUGUAAACUAUAUCCCUAACUCUGGCGACUGUAUGAUCCAUCAUUCUAAUGACCCUUACGCGGACAGAACAGACUCUUUGGUAAUUUCCACCUCGUCCAGUGAAACCCAGCCAUGGAGUACAUUCCAAGAAGCUCGACCCAAGGAAGACAUCUUUGCAAGUGUAAGUCCCUCUAGACCUACUUACCCGUGGGGAUCUUCAAGCUUUCCGACAAGCAGAACUUUUCCUACUGGCAGAAGCGUAUCUCCUAGCAGCGACUAUUUAGGAUCCAGAACUCGACCUGGUUCUUAUGGAAGGGCUAGUUGGGGCGAAGCAAAUGGAAACCAGGCAUUGGGUAGUAAUACUGUUCAAAUGUACCCUGAUGUAUCAUCUACACGAUCCACGAGGCCGGAAUGGAGCAGUUCUCCUUGGGACAGCAGACAGUCCAGUACUAGUCCAAGUGUAAUGGGAAGCACGAGAAGCCCAAUUCGGCCAUUCUCCUCAUCCUGGAAUCCUCCAGAAGUGACUUCGGAAGUAUGGUAUGCAGCAUCAGGAAAUCAUAUGAGCAAUGACGUAGACGUACCUAAUCAACUUGGACUGCAGAAAUCUAAGAAUUCAGCUACAUUAGUUCAUUCUUUAAGUUUAGCUUGGUUUAGUUUGUUACUUAUAAUAAACGUCCUUGUACUCCAUAAUUAGCAAAACUAAUAAAAUGUUACUAUGUACUAUUUUACCAUAAUGUAAGUACAUCAAAAGAAUAAUUGAGAAUGUGUUGAAACAUUGGGAAAUCAGUCUAACAAAAUUUAAUUAUACAACUAUUUUAUUUAUAUAUUUCUAUCAUCAUUUAGAAUAAUAAACUCAAAAAUUAGUCUAGUCAUACAUUCAAAAAAUGGAAAAGAAUUUUUUUAAAAAACGCUUUGUCAACUUCAAUUUUUCAGGGAAACAAAAAUAUAAGCAAAAGACAAUUAAAAGUGAUUUGUUUCGUUUUUUUUUCUCAAUAACACCCACGUAAUCUCGUUUUCAAUAUUUCUCUGGCCAAAAUAAAAAGAGGGAUCUCAUCAAUAUGCUGCGUAAGUAUUUGAAACCCGAUAAACUACACCUAAGUGAAUACGGUCCAUUUAAUCAAAAAGUGUUUAGAAUAUGAAAUAAAGGUAAAGAAUUUCCACACUCGUUUUAUUCAAGACACAGACAUUUUAUUUUAUUAUAU